AUGAAGCAAAAUCUAUCGAAACUCGAACAAAUAAGAAUUCCCAGAUGGACAGUCAACUAUCACGGCCGUAUUGAGCUCCACGGUUUCUCAGAUACAUCUGAAGAAGCAUACGCGGCUGUUGUAUACCUUCGAUCGGUCAGCGAUAUCAAUGGUCUUGAACUCAACGCAGUUGUGCUUCUGGCGAAGCUGAUGAAGCGGAUAGCAGAACCGCUCAAUCGAUUCCAGAUUGAGAAAUACGCCUGGACAGACUCGACCAUAGUCUUGCAGUGGCUCAGUAGCCACCCUCGCAAAUGGAGCACCUACAUCGCGAAUCGAGUCUCGUCGAUUUUGGAAAUCCUACCACGACGACAAUGGGGUCACGUUCCUUCGCUGCAAAACCCCGCAAAUUGCGCAUCUCGCGGAAUAACACCAUUGGAACUUGUCAACCACUCACUGUGUUGGUUCGGACCCAUCUGGUUGGCUGACGAUCCUGGUAAUUGGAAACGAAACGUACCGGACGAAGCAUUUGACUACAAUACACCUGAGAUUCGGCAACCCAAACGUUCGGAUUGUCUUUCGCCGUCUAAACUGCAUGAUGCGAGGUUACAGUUUGCACGAAUGGCUCAGUUUGAGGUUUAUCAGAAAGAAAUCGUCUACUUGGUGCAGCAUAGCGAAAUUUUCCCGAAGUCGCAAAUCGCUGAAUUAUGCCUGUUGUUAGAUGGUGAUGGCACCCUGAGAGCUUUGGGAAGACUGCAACAGUCAUCAUAUUCAUUUGAAGUCAAACACCCAGUGAUACUGCCUAAGGCUCACUGGUUCAUAAGGUUGUUGGUGGAAGAAUUGCAUCUGCAGAAUUGCCAUGCCGGGCCGUCGCUGCCAAGGCGUCGUCAAGCAAGUGAUAAACAGCUGUGUGAAAUGUUGUCGUCAAAGAGCUAA